UACAUAAACCAAAGGACCUCGCCAUGUCAGCUCUACCUAGUGUGAUGUUGGUAGUACUUUCUCUGGUGACUUUCGCUACAGCUCAGAGCAUAGCUCCCUCCAAAGUAGACUCAAUGAUGGACUUACGGAUGAAAAAUGUCUCCGUCAAUAAGGAUGACCAGUAUAUUUGUACCAGUUACAGAAUGCCAGUCAACGAGUCCUAUAUUGUCCAGUUUGAGCCCCUUGCUAAUGCCAACACAGCUCACCAUAUACUGUUGUUUGGGUGUUCAGAGCCUUUCAACACACAGGAGGAGGGAGCAUGGAGCUGUCGUAUGAUCUGUCGCGGCGAGGAGCAGAUUCUCUUUGCCUGGGCCAGGAACGCCCCAGAGCUGGUUCUUCCCCCAGAUGUCGGAUUCAAGGUGGGAGGAGCUUCGAAAGUCAAGCAUAUCGUAGUACAGAUACACUACGCCAAAGCACUGCCGUCAUUUCGACCAACUGACCAGUCAGGAAUCCGACUUCAUCUGACUCAACAACGACAAAGAUAUGAAGCUGGAAUAUUUCUUCUGCUUGCUUACUCUCUCACCAUUCCGCCUAACACAAAAAAAGUCAGUGCCGAUAUCUCUUGUGGAUUUACAGCCUCGGGGAAUAUAUAUCCGUUUGGAUUCAGAGCACAUGCUCACAGUUUGGGAAGAGUCAUCACUGGUUACCAUGUCAACAAGGCAGGCCAGUACAAAAUGAUUGGCAAGGGCAAUCCACAAUGGCCGCAGUCAUUUUAUCCAGUGUCCAACAAAGUUGUUAUCAAGCCAGGAGAUAAACUGGUGGGACGAUGCACAUACAAUUCUACAGGGAGGAUGAAAACUACAGUUAUAGGGCCCACAGCAGGGGAUGAGAUGUGUAACUUUUAUAUCAUGUACUACAAGGAGGUCAGCACACAGAUCCCCUUCCCACAGUGCGUUGGCAACAAUGUGCCAAGUCUGAUCACGAACCUUCCUCCAGGCUCAGAUGUACAGCUCCCAUACAACGCCACUCUAGAGGCUGCGGCACAUGGUCACAGAAGUCACAUGCAAGGUCACGAAGACUCGGACGUCGCGCCCAACACAAUCGACAAACCAACAGACGGCAGUAAGCCAGGUCUUCAACACUACGUAAACUUCCAGUCAGAUUUCAUGUCCGACAAAGCCAUGAGUAGUUCUUCUGUGAGUGGCCUUGAUUAUCCAAUUGGACAGGUGGGAGGGGUUGCCACCGACAACAAAGGAGGAGUCUACGUGUUUCACCGUGGCAACCGAGUCUGGGAUGGCAGCUCAUUUAACUUCCAGAAUGUUUUCCAACAACAAACCAGUCCUAUUGAACAGGAGACUAUCAUCACCUAUGACAAAGAUAGCCAUAUCCUCCGCAAGUUUGGCAAAAACAUAUUUUACAUGCCCCACGGUAUAACAGUAGACCAAAACUACAAUAUCUGGGUCACCGACGUAGGUCUGCAUCAGGUAAUGAUGUUCCCGGCAGGAAGUGACCAGCCAAACUUGACCUUAGGGGUGAAGUUCCAGCCAGGAAGUGACAACAGUCAUUUCUGUAAACCAACAGACGUUGCUGUUUUAUCCACAGGAGAAUUUUUUGUCGCAGAUGGAUAUUGUAACUCCAGAAUAAUGAAGUUUUCAAAGGAUGGAACAUUCAUAAAAUCAUUUGGCAAUGGUUUGAUGACAAUACAAGCUGAUGGUUUUCCUCCUGAGGGCAGUUUUGACAUCCCCCACAGUCUAACAGUUGCAGAGGACAAAGGCCUGUUGUGCGUGGCUGACCGAGAAAACGGCAGAAUUCAGUGCUUCGAUUUCAAUGGAAAUUUUCAGAAACAAAUCCACCCUGCAGAGUUUGGGCCGAGACUGUUUGCUAUUGAGUACUGUCCACUCCAUGAUGGUUUGCUGUUUGCGGUCAACGGUCCACCUCUGGAUAACAGCCAGACAACUGUCCGAGGUUUCAUCAUAGACAUUAAUACUGGCACACUGUCUGAAACCUGGAAUACACAAGAUGGCCUGAAGAAUCCCCAUGACGUGGCAGUGGACCCCCACAAUCUGCGAGUGUACGUAGGCGAGCUAAACCCUAACAAGGUUUGGCGGUUUGACAUGAUGGGGGAGAGUGGAUCUAUCGUCACUAAUGGCAAUGGGCCAAAAUCUACCACAGCUUCAGGAAUCACAGGCACAACUUCACCGAGCGGAGUAUCCGAUGCCACAACCGACUCGUCAGAGCCGAUCGUAGCCAAGGGAACGCUUAAUGAGGAUGACACUGUUUUACCAGCAGUUAUCAUAGGUGUCCUUCUCGUCAUCCCUGUUGUCAUCAUUGUCAUCGUCGUUAUUGUCGUCAGGGUCUACAAAAAUGGCAAAUACGAUUGUUGCGGACGACAUCGAUCAUACCCCAGCAAAAAGUUUAACCUUGGUGACCUCCUCAGCCCACACCGAGGAUUCAACCGAUUGAAUACGGACGAAAGUGACAAUGAGAUUGACCUAAGUGACUCCGAUCAAGAGGAGUACAGCAUUACCCAGAAAGCGUGAUAACAAGUUGGUUGUCAUAGCAACACACAAAUCAAUCUCCACAGUAUACCUUACCAUCAGGGGAGGUAACUCUGAUGGUCAUUUCGCAAAGACUUUUAUAAUGUGUGUAUGAUUGACCAUAUAUGCGUCACUGAUUAGACUGUUAAUUGGGUGAAUUUUAAAUAACAAACAAUUCUGUGUGUCAUUUUGUAUAUGUAUGUAACCCUAUUGAUGCCUCGGUUUAUAAAAUUGACUGAUAACUUGAUAAAUCUUGAAAAGUGUUGAUUCUGAAAUUGUACUCAGCUAGGAAAUUUUGAAAAAGCUGUACCGUUUCCGAAAAAAAUUAAUAAUGCUCCAAAAUGUUUACUUAUUCGUUGAAUGAAAUUUGAUGUUUGAUUAGGUUGAAUUCGAAAAAGGUUCUAGGUUUACAAAAUUGGGACGUGCUAUUCAGUUGACACAAAUAACAAUUCAUGAAGCAUUACUCAUGUAAGAGGUAAACAAAAUCUUUUGUAUCAUUACCAUAAAUCUGUUGGAGCAUUGGCAUAAUUUGGUCUUGAAAUCCAUGAAGGUUUGAAGGGUGAUAUAUAUCCUUAUUUGACAUUAAUUUAGUGGCGUUCUUAACAUAGAGUAACAUACAAGAUUAUUUAUUUAAUAUAUUGUUAUUGCUGAUAUCAAUUUUAGUGAAAUGUUUAUUUAUCUAUGAUUAGAAUAGUUGUAUGCCUCAGAAAGAAAAUACAAACUGUUGUAUUUAAGAAUUAGUUAGUAAUGUUGUGUACAAUAUCAGAGAGACAAGUGUUGAUACAUGUACAUGUAUCUUGAUGACUUGUUUAUAACAUAAGAAAAAUUAUUGUUAGCUGUUAUGACUGUUAUUAUUGUUUUAUUUAUCUGGAGAGAGUUAUUACAUGAAAAGUCCUAAGAUCAGACUUAGAUUUUAGACAUAUUUCAGAGGAAGCUCGAGCGUAAUGUAUUUGAGUUACUAGUACAUUAGUACAGGUAUUAAAAAAUUGUUUAUAUUUAAGAUAACUUCUAUAUUUUAUAAUCUCUUUGUCACACAUGGUUUAUAUAUAUGUAAUAACACAGGGUUAACAGACUAACUGUUCAUUCAUUGUUAAUUGUAUCAUUUGAUGAUCCUGAAAGUAAAUAAAUGUUUGUUAAUUCUGCUGAUGAAUUGACCCAUAGUAUGGUGACCAACUGACCUUGUGACAUUGCCAUGGUGACCUACUGACCCUGUGUCAUUACCAUGGUGACCUACUAACCCUGUCAUAAUGUCUGUCACCUUAACAUGUUGACAUACUGGGCCUGUCAUGUUACCAUGGUUACCCUAAUGACCCUGUCAUGUUACCAUGGUAGCCUAAUGACCCUGUCACAUUACCAUGGGUAACUUAAUGACCCUGUCAUGUUACCAUGGUAAACUAAUGACCCUGUCACAUGACCAUAGUGAUUAAAUGACCCUGUCACAUUACCAUUGUAACUUGUUGAAUGAUAUACUGAUAUGGUGAGUGAAUAUCUACAUGUGUAUAUAUAUACAUUGAUGUGAUGAUAUGCUAAUAACAUUAAGAUUUGUGAUCUAUUUUUUCGUGAGGAAGUGUGAGUAAAUGGGGACGUUAUACGCAGCAUAAUCAGUUUGUGCCUCGUAGUCCCUUUGUAGUAUAGUACCCUCCCCUUCUGUCACGCCAAGGGACCAUCCGAUACCAGGAGAUUUUACUCUCAUGGGUAGAAGAGAGAUUGUGAUUGUCCACUGGAAUGAUCUGAGUGUCCCCUGUGUUUGACAGAAACCGGAUGGUCUUAUAUAUAAUUUAAUGUAGUACAUUGUCUUUCAUCUUGUAAAAUUUCAUUCCGUGUUCAAUAUAGAACGUGUAUUUGUAUUGUAUACCUCAUUUGUAUCCUUUACUGUUACCUGUAUUCAUGUUGAACAGUUUAAGAGCUAGUCGCUUGUUUGAUUCUACUAGUUUACUGUUCUGGUCAGUAUACUAGAGUGGGUUUUGCUCAAAACUCUCUGAUUUCUGCAAAAUUUUGCUUAUUGGUAAGUUUACAUUGUCAAGAAGUCUUAAUUAGAUGUUGUUGAUCACUUUUACAAAACAUAACAUUUGGUCUGUAGAGGUUCUAUGCUACACAAACCAAAUUACUUGUAUUCAGUCUAUUGAUGUUCCACUGUACACAAAAACUAUAUUUCUGUUAUAUAGAGUUUAUAUGUUACGGAAAAACGAAAUGUCUGAUCUGUAAAUUUUUCACUAUACACAGCACAAAAUAAGUCCUAUAUUUGACACUUUAUUAGUUCCAAUAACUUCGUCUUUUUUGAUGCAUUUGUAUCGGAUUUUUUUUUUUACAGAAUUCAUUCAGAUUUUAUUUAUUGACGAAAAAUUGUUCAUUUUGUCAAUUAAAAGUGCUCAAAUUUAUAUCUUAACAAAAACAUCAUAUCCUGAAGGAGAUCUUUUUCUGCAUGAAUGAACAAAUAUCUUCUGACAUCAUUGAAUAUCAGAUUUAGUUUUCCUUUAUUUAUUCGAAGUAUCACUACUUAGAUUAAUAUUAACUUUAGCACAUGUUUAAUGACUACCAGGCAUAUUUUUGUCCACUUUUCUUUCUGUUCAAGAAACAGAAUACUUGUAAAUAACAAAUUCAUGAUAUAUGUUAUUUUCCAUAAUUUUGUUGACCUUUCAUUUUGCAUUUUAAAUUCUAUUGCAUAAUAUUUUUCCAUUCCAUAACUCUAUUGUCUGUUGAUUGUUUAAUAUCAGGAUGUCUUUGUUAACUAUACAUACAGUAAAAAUAUCUGGUCAAUAAGGUCACAAUAUAUCACUAUCGCAGGUCACUUUUUACACCUAUUACUGUAUAGGAAACAUUUUACGAUCCAAAGUCACAACCCUAUACCAACCUUAUUAUUAAUUAGCUGGUCAUUGUAUUUUUUGGGCAUAUAAAAUGUUACUAUCCAAUAUUGUAUACAACAUAUUUUAUUUUACAAUAUCAUGUUAUACUUAAAACUUUAAUACUAUUUUAAAAACUUUUGGCCACAAUAUUGCUAAAUUUCUGAACACUUAGAUGUUCUUAACGUGAUCAUAACUUUUUCAAGUCAAGAGGUGAUGUUGUUGAGCAUUUUUCUUCUAAAAUACAUGAAUAUUUCACUAUUCCGUGUCAUAUUUGAUCAAAAACUCUUAAGUCUGAUUUUGGAAAUUGUGAAAUUUACAACUUUUGUGAUUCUGUCAGCUGCUUGCCUACAAUAUUCUGUCUCAAAUAAAUUAAAAAGACACCAAGUCAGGUGUCCAUGGGUGUUUUCCUUGCCAGCUGUGUAUUGUGUAGCCCUGUAUACAUUAUCACUUAUACAUUAUCUUUGAAUGUAACUGCAUAAAUGUUAUAAUUUCUUAAUUUAAACUUCUGUGUUUGAAUUAAAUUACAAAGCAGCUCAAUAACUGCUAAAAUAAGUCAACCCUCAAAUAGAUAUGUUUACAGUAUGUCCAAUGUUUACCAGGACAAUAUUAUCAUUAAGUUAUCUACCUGCUGUGUAAGAUAGACUCUCCUAGAAGUUAUCCUAAAUACCAUUAAAUUAAUGAAUAUCAUAAAUUAAAGCAUGUAUAGUACUCUGUCUAUUUAAUUGUAAACUGUUUCAGUGGUUUUGAUGAAGAUAUUUUUCUUAAAAGCAUGAAAUUAUAGUGUUUAUACCUUUGAUAUUGUGUUAUUGAUGAGACGGUGCGAAGUGUCUCUCAGUUCACAUUCUCUGACUAUGCCACUAAUUAUCAGGGUGGCCUCCCUUUAAGAGCAUAAAACAUUGUAUUUUGAGGAAGGAGAUUGGAAAUCGCCUUGUUUGAUUAAAAUGCAAACACUGAAGCUGCAUUUCAUUAUCUUCCAGGUAAACCAGCCAGAAAUUUAAAAACUUUAUAAACAAUAAUAUGACAUCAAUUUUACAGGAAAUAUCUGCUAUUUUAUUUAAGUACUAUAUAAUUGUUCAGAUUUAAAUCUGUACAUGAUAGAUUAAUCAAAAACCCGAAAAUCCUGAUAAUAGUCCUGAUUUAAAAAAUUUGAAUUUCUUGCAGUCAAUCAUAUCUCGAAACUAAAUUGUCUUUCAAAAAAGGCGGGUCUGGAGAGUAUGCCUAGGGUUUCGGUACAAGUCACGUUUUCCCUGUCCGCCUAAAGAGAUUUACAGGUAACCAUCAAGCUACAUGAUUUAUUGUUGUAACAAGUUCUUAAAGGGAAAAAAUUACUGUAAACCUGUGUCACUUUAUAUUUUCCAAGCAGAGAAAAGAAGGACUUGAACAAAAUUAGGUACACACGGUUAUCUAUACUUAAUGUUCUAACACAGUAAUUUCAGAAGUUAUUGUUUUCUCCCACAUUCUAGUAAAUGUACCACACAAUUUGCUGUAGAAAUCCACAUCUAUUUGCUGGCGGAUAUUGUUUAAAUCAGUCAUUUAUCUUUAUAAAGUUUUAAAAGCCUGGGAAAUGAAAAAUUGUACACUGCAUAUUUACAGCCCCGUGUGGUGGUAGUCCGUGAUGUAGCUAGUUGUAUUGUCGUCAUAUGUCACAUCACAAUAUACCUCAUUAUCACCAUGUCAUAGCCUUGCACUAGUCCAACAUAACACAACUAGUCACAAUGAUCCGUAUAAUCAUAAACUGGGCUACGUUCAGGACGGAAAAUGUGGUAGAAUGUUUUCAAUGUAAACUUAGUCCAAAAUGUUACAUCCUUUUUGUCAUUAUUGAGAUGGGAAGUUUUCUUAUCCAGUAUAUGUUUAAUUGGAUUUACAGUCAGUGUCACAAUAAGUUGAUGUCACUAGUAUCUGAAAUUCUUUUUUUGUUAUGAACAAUAAAUAGUCUGUGACAUUCUAAAACAUUUUGCUUACUGAACUUGCUGCAGGAACAAGAAUUUUAUAAUUAUAAUGCUGUUCAUUUAUGUAAACGGUUUAACUCAUUCACCCCUACACAUUUAAACUGGACUUACCAAGUCUUUUAUUUGGUAAGGUUCAAAUGUGACUUUAGGGGUGAAUGGGUUAAUGCCGUCAAUUAUGCAUUGAAGGUUGUACCUAUACUGUAACCUAGAUAAAAUGUCCAUGACUAUUUUUUUUCUCUCACAGAUAUCAAAAUCUUUCAAUUUACCAUGUUAAAACUAGUUUCUGUUAUAUCUUCAUGUAGAUAUCAAAAUCUUAAAUCUUUCAAUUUUCUGUGUCAAAACAGGUUUCUGUCGUAUCUUUUCUGAAGCUGUUAUGUCAGUGUAACGUACAGUUAUAGUUGUUACAAGUCUGAACAUCACUGAUGUUAACACUGAACAAUAUGGGGCUCAGAAAAAAUCUUAAAUUAUAUGAAAUUCAGUCCACAGUAAUCCAUGAUAGAUCAAAUUAAGUGAGAAAUUAGUCUGAUCAGUCUCAAAAUAAUAAACCUCAACAUGUUAUGAUUUUUCAGUAAGAGUUGUUAGGUAUAAUGUUACAGUACAGAACUGUUUAUCUGGUCUACAAUUAAGUAACAAACUUGCCAAUCUAAUUAAUAUACAGAGGUUGAAAAUACCAUAGGUGAUAAAUUAAUGUAUGUAUUUUCAUCAAAUUGCAAACUGAAAAGGGCCCUAUUUGUUAAGGGUUGUCUUAGAGAUCACAAAAUUACAGUUUUGGCCCAAAAAAUUGAGCUUGUGAUUUUAUUUUAUUUUUAGCAAAAAAGCAAUCUGUUUUAUGACACAUACCAAUAAAUGGAUUUUUCCUGGUACAUGUAAAUACAGAAGUAUUGUUAGGGGAAAACUUGAGACCAUUCAUAAAAUACAGCUAUUAUAUGAGGAAAUCAGAGGUUUUGGAAUUAAAAAUGAAAAUUUAGAAUAUAAAAUGGCAUAAAAAUCUGUCUAAUUAAAUAAUAAUGACAAUUAAAUAAAAGAUCCUAAUACUACGUUCAAAUGAUCUAUCUGAGCCUUGUAGCAUCAUAACAGUGAGUCCCUGUCAGUAUUAUUCUUCCCAGGUCUCUGUUACUUGGAACACAAAGUCAUAAGUCAUGUGACAUGAUUUACAAUGCUCUAUUAAGUCAUGUGACAUGAUGUGCUGGAUCACAUGUGUUAUUUUAUUGAUAAAUAAAAAAAUGUAAAUGUGAAA